GUAGUUGGAGACAUCGGUGAGAGGGGGCCUCCUGGUCCUGACGGCGAUGAGGGGCCCGUCGGUGGAACUGGCAUCGGCGGUUUUCCUGGUCUGAGGGGUGACCCAGGGCCUGAAGGCCCACGAGGAAUACCAGGCAUUGUGGGACCUCAGGGCCUGACUGGACACGUUGGGCAGCCUGGAUUGAAAGGUGAUAAGGGGGUUCCUGGACUGAGGGGCGAACCAGGAGAAAUGGGUUACCAAGGUGAUAAGGGUGCCACUGGUGUCCCUGGACCUCCUGGACUCAGAGGGAAGCCCGGCCCACCUGGUAAAAUAGGUGAGCUCGGACCACAAGGAUCACCUGGCCCCCCAGGACCUGAGGGCUUUCCUGGGGACAUCGGUGUUCCAGGACCCAAUGGCCCACCUGGGCCCAAGGGUCUCCAAGGGCCGCGAGGUCCGCAAGGACCAACAGGACCACAAGGAGUAGAGGGUGAUGAGGGACCCCUUGGCCCACCUGGCAAUACCGGCCCCAACGGGAGACUUGGAAGGAAAGGCUACGUUGGCGAACCUGGCCCUGAGGGACUUAAGGGAGAGGCCGGAGACGUCGGCAACAUCGGGAAAAUCGGACCGCAAGGUCCAGCCGGCCUGAUUGGAAACACCGGUGGGAUCGGGGUUCCCGGUGAAAAGGGCGACCGCGGUCCAGCCGGUCCGUUGGGUCCUCCAGGAGAGAGCGGGCCGAGGGGGUAUCCAGGCUUACCAGGUGGUCCUGGAGAUGUUGGUCUACAAGGCGCGACUGGUCCUCAGGGGCAGCGAGGAACUCCAGGGGUUGCUGGGCCAAAAGGCCGAAGGGGGCCCAGGGGCCCGGACGGCCUCCCAGGAGAACCGGGGCCUGAGGGGACCAAGGGUGAACUUGGCGAAAUUGGCAAGAAGGGUGAACCAGGCUCCAUAGGCAAGGCCGGCGGCCCAGGGGAGAGAGGUGUGCCGGGAAAAGCAGGUAAAGCUGGCAUUCCUGGAGGUACAGGAGAGAAGGGACCCCAUGGUCUACAAGGGCCUAAAGGACCUCCGGGGGAAACGGGACCUGAUGGAGAGCAAGGCCUUGAGGGCGCUCCUGGUUCGGAGGGGGAUCUCGGUGCUGCCGGAGAGCCGGGGUCAAAGGGCGACGUGGGUCCGACGGGAGGGGACGGAGAGCAAGGACAGCAGGGUGUGAGAGGCGCUCCGGGUCCUGUCGGUGAGGAAGGGCAUCAGGGAAAUGAUGGACCCAAGGGUGAACCCGGAGACCGAGGGCCUGUUGGCGAGGCAGGGGACAGGGGGAUAGAGGGAGACCCCGGGCCCCCUGGACCCGCUGGAGAAGCUGGGAAGCGUGGCUUUCCUGGACCCGAGGGCAAACAGGGUCCUCAAGGCAACCGUGGGCGGAACGGCAAGAAGGGAGAGAAGGGGCCCGCAGGUCUCGCUGGGGAGACUGGCACUCCAGGAGACAUCGGACAGCCGGGGGAGAAGGGACUGAAGGGGGCCAGAGGAACCAGGGGCACCCCGGGUCGGCUGGGAAUGAUGGGACUGGAGGGACAGCCUGGCCUGGCAGGAUACACCGGUCACCCGGGCAAGCUUGGGCCCAUCGGAACUCCUGGACCCAAAGGUGAAAAGGGUUACCCCGGCGAGGACAGUAAGACCCCUGGACCAGCCGGGCCCUUAGGUGAACCAGGUCCACCUGGCGAGCGAGGAGAGGUUGGAGAGCCCGGAGACGAGGGAUAUCAGGGUAAUAUCGGUAUCCCUGGACCCCGCGGGGCUUUGGGACAGCAAGGAUUACCUGGGACUUCAGGCCAGCACGGGGAGCAAGGCCCUAAGGGAGACAAAGGUUCUAUGGGUUCAGAAGGAAAGAAAGGAGCAAGGGGCCUGAAUGGAAGUCCUGGCACUGAGGGGGCCGUUGGUUCACCUGGACCCAAAGGUGCGAAGGGAUAUCCAGGAUCUGAUGGUGCCGCCGGAUUAGUUGGGUUGCCAGGACUGCCAGGAAAGCGAGGGAGACAGGGUCAGAGAGGGCAGACAGGCCUGGAGGGGUCUGCGGGUCUUCCAGGGCCUCGGGGUGAACUUGGCCUUCCUGGGAUGAUUGGAGAGAGGGGCCCUGCUGGAGAGAAGGGGGAACCAGGCCUGGUGGGGGAGAGGGGCACCCCAGGGCCCAAAGGCAUUGAGGGUGCUACUGCAGACCAGGGCAGGAAGGGAGAACCAGGACUCAAAGGCCAACCAGGGGAGCCUGGAGACCUAGGUUUGACCGGCUUCCAAGGGUUCCAGGGCCCGAAGGGGCCAAAUGGAGAUCUGGGUUUGACGGGUGUGUUUGGUCCAAAAGGUCCAAUCGGAAAUUUGGGCUUUGCUGGACCAGUGGGCCCUGAAGGAAUGAUCGGCCCAAUGGGGAAACCUGGUCCAAGGGGUGCAAAGGGAAGCUACGGGGAAAUGGGACCCCAAGGGCCACAAGGAAUUCCUGGCCCUAGAGGUCCACCUGGUGCUCCCGGUCCGACAAGACGCAUAUACUUUGACUCUCCCGUUGAAUUCAACGCUGCCUUAAGGACCGAGACCUACCAGAACACUGAGAUGGCCCAGCCGGAUCACAACGCGGAGAUCUUUAGGACCCUGCGCUACCUGAGCGGUGUGCUUGAGAGCAUCAAGAAGCCACUAGGAACCCGAGAGAACCCAGCCCGGUUCUGUAAGGACCUGCUGGACUGCCAACACAAGCUCUCUGACGGCCGGUUCUGGGUCGACCCAAACCUGGGAUGUCCAUCCGACGCCAUUGAGGUCUUCUGCAACUUCAGUGCAGGGGGGCAGACUUGUUUGCACCCAGUCACCUCUAACAAGAUGGCGUUUGAUGUGGGGAAGGUCCAGAUGAAAUUCCUCCACCUUCUGAGCACCGAGGCCAGCCACGGUAUCACAGUCCACUGCCUCAGCGACCCACCCUCCAGAAGCAUGGACAACCUCAGUGCCCGCCGCCAUGACACCCGGCUGAGGUUCCAAGGAUGGAACGGACAGACAUUGGAGGCAGACACACUACUUGAACCCAAGGUGCUACGAGACGAGUGCAAGAUCCAAGAUGGCAGCUGGCACCAGUCGAGUUUCGUCUUCCACACUCAGGACAGCCGUCAGCUCCCUAUAGUCGACAUUCAGGAGCUCCCAGCACCACAAGCCAAAAGCCAGCGACACCUAGAGGUGGGGCCCGUCUGCUUCCUCUAAGGCGACCGACCAGAACCUGCCCUGAAUAUUUAUAAACUACAACUAAACAAGCCGUCACACAAAAUGGCGGCUUCCCAAGGAGAGUCUCUCAAAGUCAGGUGGGGGUGGAUCUCCUUUGUGAGAGACGGGCGCCCUGUCCAGCUGGAUGGCCUUUUGACUUCUGAGGAAAAAUUCGGUCCAUAGGACACCUUAGGACCGGAGAGCCUCAAGAGAGCAGUGUAUACCAAUAUUUAUCAAAUAAAUGUGUAAAGUAUUUUUUGUUUGGAUGUUUGUUUUGAAAAAGAAAAA